AUGACUGGCACUCGCCCGGAGACUCCACCACGCUACCGCUACAUUCGCACCGGGACAAGCGACGACGAGCAGGAGAAUGACGGCAAUGGCAACACAGUGCUGGCAGCACGGAAGCGUGCAGGGUCAGUGGGAAGACCGGUGCUGAUUUCGCGAAGAUUGGAUCGUCAGAGGCACGGUGGCACACAGGUUCUCAGCGAGGCAGCGGUGCCUCCUCAAUCUGUUUUGCAAGCGCCUGCCCUUUUGGGCCUGGGGUGUAUUGACGCACCAUUUGGGCUGGACAUAUUUACUCGCAGGCACCAAGGCGGGCCUGAGAAUUGCAUGUUUGCGAUGGACUUCGCUGCAAAUGUCCCCAGCGAGUGCCGAACCUGCUUUGGAAAUGAUCCAAUGGCACGUAUCCCAGCCGUGCCAGCUGCACCAUCUUUUGCUUGGCCAUGCAUGACGGCCAAGUCUGCAUGUCGAUCACAGAGCGUCGGGACGAACGUUCGCCGAGAGUCUGCAUUCUUACGGCCAAGUAGCUCUGUUUUCGGUGCACCAGCGCCUGCACCCACCACGGCGCCCCCACCGCCUUCACACCCACACUCUGUCUUUUCUCAUGUGCCACCUCGCUGCCACUCUUUCUCUUGGCAGAGUGCUCAUGGCACAAAUGCAUCCGCAUGCUUGCAAUCUGAUGGGCAAGAGCACCUGCCACCGCAGCCAGGAUCAGGGCCGGUGUUCACGUCGAAGCCAGAGGAAGACGUACAAGUUGUGCAAGCGAACAUUUUCAAGUUCCAGCCUUGCGCUCCCUGCACUCGCAGCAUUUUUGCCUCUGUGGAUGAGCAUCCCUCCACUUGGCAGCAAGAGCCGCAAAAGCACAGCGCCUUACAAGAACUACAGCCCCAGCAGGGCAGUAUGCCAAGGCAGACGGGCAAGGAUUCUCAGAAGCUUGCGGGGAAGCUCCAAUCAUCUCAGACACAGGUGGAGCACGAGCAGUUCAGUGGAGGGAGCUGUGAACAAGCUGCGGCAGACCUGAAUUCAGUGCAAGAUGGCCGUGUCGCAAGGGCUACGCGCAGCGGGUCACGCAGCCAGCCUGAGUUUGGAGGGCCCACGAUACCUCCGAGGAGGUCGCAGAUGUCCGGCGCACGGAUUCUCAUUACCGGCGCGAGUGGCCUACUGGGACGGCAGGUCAUGAAGGCUUUCAGCACCUGGCAGGUGCAAGGCAUUUGCAAGCGCCGCGCAAACAUUCCCAACGUUGCCGCCUGUGAUCUAACCAAGGAAGCCGCAGUUGCCCAGCUUAUGGAGCAUUUUCGACCACAUGUCGUCCUUCACUUGGCCGCCGAGUGGCGUCCCGAAGUGCUUCGUCAGCGUCCGGAGCAGGCAAGGCAGCUGAACGUGGAUGCCACAGGCUUCGUUGCCACGGCAUGCGAGCGCCUUGGUGCUUGGCUUGUGCAUGUCAGUGCGGACUGUGUCUUCGAUGGCACCUCACCUCCGUACACGACCAAUUCCAAGCCCAAUCCACUCAGCGAGUAUGGUUGGCACAAGCUCCACAGCGAGCAGCUUGCGCAAGCAGCGUGUCCAGAAGCAGCGGUGCUCCGGGUCCCGCUUCUCUACGGACCGCUUGCAGAGUCGCUCUCGGAAUCGGCAGUGACGAGUUUAUGUUCCGAUCUGAAGAGCGGCAUUCGUGAAGUGGAUGCUUGGCAACAGUGCUAUCCUACUUGGACCGGCGAUGUUGCCAUUGUUCUGAAGAACAUGGUCGAGCUGCACUUGGCCGGAGAGUGUUUGAAGGGCAUCUAUCACUUUUCAAGCAGCGAGCGAUUCACAUGGUAC